AUGACUCACAGUCUGGAUAGAGAUAUACAUGGGAGGACUGCACAGCACGCAUUCAUGUGGUGUGAAUGGGCGCGUGUAGUAUCUCAGGUGACUGAUGGAGCUGUUGUUCCACCUGAUACACCCGCUCCAGCCGGUUCUUCAACAUCUGUCCCAGUUAAGGGGAUCUCUACGCCUGGUCAAGUUGAUACACCUGCUCCAGCCGGGCCUUCUCCAUCUAUUCUAGUUGAGGGGCCUUCCCCGUCUACUACUACCACUUCACAGAGGCCCCGUGAUGAUGCUGAGGGGUAUGUCGAUCAUGCAACUAGGCGUAUAUGGGAUGGAGAGGAUAGAGAUCUGCAGAGGUUCUACAACCAAGGCCGGAAGAUUGCGGGACUUGUGCAGCCUGACGAGUCAUGGUUCUAUGAUGUACUAGCAACUUCUGGCCUGAGGGACCUCUGUCAGGUGGGCUACACAAUAAUACAUAAUGAGAUGCUGAUGGAAUUUGCGGAGAGAUGGCAUCCAGAGACCUCCUCAUUUUAUCUUCCUCACAACGAGAUUACCAUCACUCUAGAUGAUGUGGCAUGCCUCAUGCAUCUACCUAUCAGGGGUACCCUAUUUGGUUACGAUAGGCUGACGAAAGAGGAAGCGAUGGAGAUGCUGAUUGCUGAGCUGGGGUGCGAUCCGGAUGACACACUUGAGGAGGUGGAGAGUACCCGCGGGGCGCAUGUGAGGUUUCACACUUUGCAGAGAAUAUAUGACACGGAGCUUCUUGUGGCACAUCAGGAUGCUAGCGACGAGGUGGAGGCAGAUAUACACAGAGAACGGGCGCUGAGAUGGAGUGGUUGUACUAGCGUACAAUUACUACAGACUGGGAGAGGGAUGCCUGUGGAAGGCAAGGACGGUGGCAGACAAUUGUACCUUUUUAGUGGUACUAAUCUUAUCCCUUCUACUUAUUAUAUAUUUGUGAUAGGAGAGGUGCCGACCUACACUGAGCUCAAGCCGCGUGCCAGUAGAUUCAGCCCCCGUAGAGGGAACCAGGAGCCUCUAUCUUACAGGCGCGGACUUGAUCACAUUCUUGCCGAGGACGUACGUUAUGAUUGCUAUGCUGAGCACCGAGAGACGGUUCCCUUUGAUGAGAUAGCUUUGUAUUCUGGAUGGUUGGCCGCCGGCUCGACCAUUCUUGUACGAUACCUUCCGGAGCGCGUUAUGCGUUAG